AUGGUGUGUCUGUGGGUUAAAGGCCUCGACGACGUAGUUACUGCCGAGGAUGUAAAUGCUGCCCUGUCGAAUAAGGCAAACCGCGCAGCAGAGCUAAUGAGGUGUAAAGACAUUGAAAGGGGAUACAGUACAAUGCCCAGUUGCAACAGCAAAAAUAUUUGUGGAAGGAGAGUACUUUUUGUUGCUUUCGUCGUAGCGUCAGAAGCUCUACCUUUCAUGGGUCCGUUGGAAGCUAACCUAGGUCUGGAUGCUUUUGAUGAAGGUUUGGGUCCUUUAGAAGAAAUCGGAGCUGGAUUCGGCUCUGAAUUAAAUAAUAUCAUACAAUCAAGCAUUGCUAUGGAUUUAAACGGAGCUGGUGCUAUGAAUGCUGGACUAUUGGCGGCUCAAAAUGGUUUGGGAUAUGCUUUGAACGGCGGCGUUAAUGGCCUUCUUGGUGGUAUGGCGUUGGGAGCUUUGGGAGCUGGGAUGGGACUUGAAGAUGCUAUAUAA